CCUAGUUUUCGGCUAAUUUGAAAUAUGUUUUUGGACAACCUUCUAUGCCGGAAGUUCAGGUCUAAUUGCCUCUGAAUAUGAUUUUCCCCCCUCCCUUUUGCUUUAGUUCUUUGUUGUAAGAAGAGUCAAUACUGUUGACGAGUUAGCUCAUGCCAUAGCUCUAUAAAUAGAUUUCUCACCAGAUAAACAGAUAAAGAGUCAUUUGACUAUCAAAUACCACAGAGGAAACCUUAUCUCCCCUGCCAUUUUAUCUGUAAUUUCUUUUCUCUCUACGGCGCUACUCCUUGAUAAUAUUUAGUUUAGGCACUUGGGCAAUCAUCAAUUCAUACAAUGUCUCCAUUUUUUAUUUUGGGUACGUAAAAAAAUCUUAUCCCAUCCAUAUCUCCACUUCAAGUUUCUUGCAGAAUUGCUUACUCCCUUGUUGACAUUUUGACACACUUUCCUAGAAAGUAAAUGCCAGCUUAAUUUAUCCAAUUUCUUUGCUUGGUUUCUCUUGCACAGGCUUAUCAGACAAGAAGAAAAAAAUGGGUGAGACGUGGCGAUUUGCAGUUCAUGUUUUGAAUGGGAGAUGGUUCUCAGUUUUUGCCUCCUUUAUAAUCAUGGCUGGAUCUGGUGCAACCUAUUUGUUUGGAACCUACUCUAAAGAUAUAAAAUCCACACUUGGCUAUGACCAAAAAACUCUGAAUCUUAUAGGUUUCUUCAAGGAUCUUGGAGCCAAUCUUGGGGUCAUUUCUGGUCUAAUUGCAGAAGUAACACCAACAUGGUUUGUUCUUCUCACAGGUUCUGCUAUGAACUUUGUUGGGUAUCUCAUGAUUUGGCUAGCUGUGACUGAAAAAAUCCCCAAGCCUAGGGUUUGGCAUAUGUGUCUCUAUAUUUGCAUAGGAGCCAAUUCUCAAAAUUUUGCCAAUACAGGAGCUCUUGUCACUUUUGUCCAGAAUUUCCCAGAAAAUAGAGGUGUUAUGUUGGGUCUUUUGAAGGGUUUUGUUGGGCUAAGUGGAGCAAUCUUUACCCAACUUUACUUGGCCAUCUAUGGAGAUGAUUCCAAGUUCCUCAUUCUUCUAGUUGCUUGGCUUCCUGCUGCUAUUUCUGUGAUUUUUGUUUACACAAUUAGAACAAUGAAGCGUGAAAGGCAACCUAAUGAGCUCAGAGUCUUUUACCAUUUCCUCUAUGUCUCAAUUGCUCUUGCUUUAUUUCUCAUGGCCAUGAGUGUACUUGAAAAAAUCAUUAGUUUCUCAAGAGGAGCCUAUGCUGCAAGUGCUACUGUGGUUUGUAUCAUCCUCUUUGUACCUCUCUUAAUUGCCAUUAAAGAAGAAUGGGUCCAAUGGAAUCUCAAGAAAGCGGAAGCAAUGAAGCCUCCAACUGAGCUAACCAUACAGAAGCCAGAAGAUGAAGAAUCAGUGAAGUAUAGUGUCUCAAAAGAGCAAAAAGAUCAAGAUCAAGAUCAAAGAUCUUGUUUCCUUACAAUAUUUGACAAGCCAGAGAGAGGUGAAGACUACACAAUCUUACAAGCACUUCUCAGCAUUGACAUGCUAAUUCUAUUUGCUGCAACACUUUGUGGGCUUGGUGCAAGCUUAACAGCAGUAGACAACUUGGGUCAAAUUGGUGAAUCACUAGGAUAUCCAACAAAGACAGUAAAUUCCUUUGUUUCCCUAGUGAGCAUAUGGAAUUAUUUUGGUAGAGUCUUCUCAGGAUUUGUCUCUGAAACAAUGCUAAUCAAGUACAAAACACCAAGGCCAUUGAUGAUGACUUUUGUCCUCCUCCUCUCCUGCAUGGGCCACCUUAUAAUUGCCUUCCCUUUCCCUAAUUCAGUCUACAUAGCCUCAGUGAUUAUGGGAUUUUCAUUUGGUGCACAGUUGCCUUUGCUUUUUGCAAUAAUCUCUGAGCUCUUUGGGCUGAAGUACUACUCCACAUUGUUCAACUGUGGGCAAUUGGCAAGUCCUCUUGGGUCAUAUAUACUGAAUGUGCAGAUCACUGGAAUGUUGUAUGAUAAUGAAGCAACAAAGCUGCUAAAAGCCAAGGGGCUUGAUAGAUCAGCAGUGAAGCAAUUGGUUUGCAUUGGAGUUGAAUGUUAUAGGAAACCAUUUAUAAUUUUGGCUUCUGCUGCUUUGUUUGGUGCUUUUGUUUCACUGAUUUUAGUUGUGAGGACAAGGAAAUUUUACAGUGGUGAUAUAUACAAGAAAUUCAGAGAAAGACAAUGACAUAUCUGAGAUUAAGACAGAACAGAGAUACAAAAAUUAAGGGGUGAUUACAAUAAGGAAUUAUGUUGAUUAGCAUAAUUGCAAUAGCAAUUAUUUUCACUUCAACAAUUGUAAACUUUAUUUUUAAAUAAUCUUAUUGAAGAAAAGUUUGCAAAGGAGUAGGAUAAUGUCUCAAGACUCUUUACUAGUUCCACUACAUUAAGGUUUUACCUUAAUAGAUGUAAUUUUGCACACGCUUGCAUUAUGCAAAUUCUUCUCUUAAUUUUUUUUUUCUAAAAUAUUUGG